GAUUUGGGCCUACCGCAGUCUUUGGAGGAGGAGAGGUGAAUUUGUACACAAAGCUUCAAGGAAAUGGCGAAAUUGGGCAAGGUGUAGCGAAACCAGUUUCAACUAGCAUCGUUUUGCACUGUUAUCUGCGUAUAAAGAAUCAAAAUGUCGGGCAAUAGGGGAAUGGAAGAGCUCAUUCCAAUUGUUAACAAACUACAAGAUGCUUUUGCUCAGUUAGGCAUCGAAGCUCCAAUCGACCUUCCGCAAAUCGCAGUUGUCGGAGGUCAGAGUGCUGGUAAAAGUAGCGUUUUGGAAAAUUUUGUUGGAAGGGAUUUUCUUCCAAGAGGCUCAGGAAUAGUUACCAGAAGGCCACUGAUCUUGCAACUCAUAUUUUCAAACACAGAGUAUGCUGAGUUCCUCCAUUGCAAGAACAAAAAGUUCACAGACUUCAAUGCUGUCAGACAGGAGAUUGAAGAUGAAACUGACAGAGUGACUGGCAAAACCAAAAAUGUUUCACCAAUUCCUAUAAAUCUCAGAGUUUACUCUCCACAUGUUCUAAACCUGACGCUGAUAGAUUUGCCAGGAAUGACAAGGGUUGCAAUUCCUGGACAACCACCAGAUAUCGAACGUCAGAUAAAAGACAUGGUGAUGACGUUCAUAACAAAGCCCAAUUGUUUAAUCCUUGCUGUAUCUCCCGCGAAUUCAGACUUGGCAAACUCUGAUGCACUGAGAGUUGCUCAAGAAGCCGACCCUCAAGGAGAGAGAACAAUUGGAGUUGUUACAAAGUUAGAUCUAAUGGAUGAGGGAACGGAUGCUAAAGAUAUAUUGGAAAACAAAGUGUAUCCCCUCAGAAGAGGGUUUAUUGGAAUUGUAAAUCGAAGUCAGAAAGACAUUGAUGGCAGAAAGGACAUCAAGGCAGCUAUGGCAGCCGAGAGGAAAUUUUUUCUGAGUCAUCCAGCCUACAGGCAUUUGGCUGAUAAAAUGGGAACACCUUUUCUGCAGAAAGCCCUUAACCAGCAACUCACAAAUCACAUUCGUGAAACUUUACCAACAUUAAAGAAUAAGUUACAAGAUCAAGUUUUAUCGAUGGAAAAAGAAGUUGCAGAGUACAAAAAUUUUAGACCAGAUGAUCCAACUGCAAAAACAAAAGCACUCAUGUUGAUGCUGCAGAAUUACAGUGCCGACAUUGAGAGAAUCAUUGAAGGAGGUGGUGGGGAUGAAAUUGACACAGCUCAGUUGUCAGGUGGAGCUAAAAUUAACCGAAUCUUCAACGAGCGUUUCCCGUUUGAAUUAGUAAAGGUCGAGUAUGACGAAAAGCAGCUUAGAAGGGAAAUAAGUUUUGCAAUUAAGAAUAUUCACGGUAUCAGGUCCGGGCUGUUCACUCCAGACAUGGCAUUUGAAGCAAUCGUUAAAAAGCAGAUCGAUCGCCUGAGAUCACCAGCUAUAAGAUGUGUUGAUAUGGUCAUGGCUGAGCUCGUUACCAUCGUCAAAAUAUGUACGAACAAGAUGGAAAAAUACCCAGGAUUAAAAGACGAAGUUGAAAUGAUUUGUCUAACAGAAAUAAGAGAAUCUGAAAUCAAAGCGAAAGAACAAGUUAAGUUGCUGGUUGAGAUUGAACUUGCUUAUAUCAAUACACAGCAUCCGGAUUUCAUUGGCUUUGCAGAAGCACAAUCCAAAGCAUCUAACUCAGGUGAGACGAGAAGCCGUAAGCUGAACGUUGGGAAUCAGGUGAUACGCAAAGGAUGGCUGACUCUUGGCGGAGGAGGUUUCAUGAAAGUGUCAAAGGAUUAUUGGUUUGUCUUGACAGCUGAAUCCCUCACUUGGUUCAAAGACGACAGCGAGAAAGAAACGAAGUACCAGCUAAGGUUGCAGGACUGCAGACUCAGGGAUGUAGAGAGUGGCUUGCUGUCAAAGCGCCAUUAUUUUGCACUCUUCAACCCAGAUUCAAAGAACGUUUUGAAGGACUACAAGCAGUUAGAAUUAUCUGCAGAGACUCAAGAUAUCGUAGACAGUUGGAAAGCUUCGUUUCUACGUGCUGGUGUGUUUCCUGAGAGAGACAGAGAUGAUGACGAUGGAGGGUCAAACGGGCUUGGCUCUAUGGAUCCGAUUCUUGAACGACAAGUGGAAACAGUCCGGUAUCUUGUGGAUUCAUAUAUGCGGAUUGUCAGCAAAAGUGUCCAGGAUAUGGUUCCAAAGAUUGUCAUGUACAUUGUUGUAAACAAGAUUAAAGAUUUUGUACAGGCAGAAUUAUUGGCCAACCUCUAUGCCAAGGGCAAUACGAAUGACAUGAUGCACGAAAGUGAUGCGGAAGUGGCUCGUCGCAAUGAAAUUCUAAGAAUUUACCAUGCUAGCAAGGAAGCAUUGAAAAUCAUUGGCGAUGUUAGCUCAACAACUGUGUCAACCCCACUUCCUCCACCUGUUGAGCAUGAUUUAACAGAUUUCGAUUUUGGCAAACCCGAACCUGCUAGACCGCCUCCCCAACGGCCAUCUCCUGCUGUGCAGGCUCCUCCAAGGCCACACAUUCCUUCAAGACCGUCAAACAAAGAUCUCCCUAAUUCAGAAGCCAGUUCUGGAACGCCGUUCAUACCUAAACGACCAGCUCCUACAAGGCCUGCCCCUGGUUCCCGCCCACCGCCAGUUCCAAACAGACCAUGAUCACUCCAGCAACAACUGCAGCAACUAAAAGACUAAUAGCAGAUUACACCUUUGAAUAUUAGUUUAAUUCACAGUAAAUGACUUGUUUAUAUUUUUAUCUCAUGAUUUUCGUAUGUAGUUCUAAAAUACAAUAAAUACAUAAUUUGCUCUGUCCAGUGUUUAGGUUUAUUUCUUAGCAUGAUUUAUAGUCCUGCAAUAAUAUAUCGUGAGAAUUUGGUCAUUUGAUAAAGAAAGAAGGGUGAAAGAAAAUUUCUGCUCAUUUUCCUGUUGUUCGAAGAAGUUUCAGACAAGUUCAUCUCCGUUUUAAUGGUACAGUAUAAUCCGGUUAUAACGUACUUAAAGGGACCAGCGUAUUAAGUACGUUGUAUCCGAAGUACGUUGUAACGAGGGUAAGUAAAAAUUGACUAAAACCAAGCACACCUUUUGCCGGGACCAAGCACACCAGUACGUUAUAUCCGAAAGUACGUAAUAACCGAGUUCGUUAUAACGGGAUUCUACUGUAAAUAUCAGAAGUUGGAACAUUUCUUAACAUAUGGUAUUUUUACAAGAUUUCAAUUAGUCGAUCUAAUGUUGAAAGAAUUUCACGUUUUAUGAAAUGUCACUAGUCUUGAAUUUCAAAAAACUUCCGUGAAUAUUUGAACAAACCAUUUUCUGUCGAAAUGAUCUUGGGCUUCUAAAUAAACUAAAUAAAGGUUAAUAGUGCAGAAGAAAGGUUUCUUCGAUUAGUUUUUAGAACAUGAUGGUCAUACGACAUUAUAAGAAUUUUUGUUCAAGGUUGUAUAUUUAGUCAUUAUUUUGUCAUUUAACAUUCUUGGAUGUGACAUCGAAUUCUAGACUUAGGUGUAGUUCCUCUUUUUAUGUUGGCCUGUUAAUGCACGUUUAUAUACCAUGUAAAGCUGUUUCCCUCCUCAACUGUAUAUUAUUUGUGUGAAGAAACUAGAGAUAUUAGAAAACCGUAAAUAAAACCCCAUUGACAACAUAAGACCGAUGCACGAUUAUCAUUGGUUUUUCUGGGAGUCGUUUCAGAAGCGAUGUAUCUGUUUGCUGAAGACCUUAUUGAUCAGUGAAAUUGGCUACAUCUUGAACCAGAGAAACUCACACCUCAACAUUCCUUUUUGGCAAAAAUGAAGGCUGGAAAGCAGUGCAUUUAGUUCUACAGAUAGCCAAGAAAGUGUGCAGCUCAUGUCGACUAAAUCCUUUGAAUUCCACUUUAAAUUAUAGCUAAUUGCUAUUGCUAUUAUUAACAUCAAUUUGAUCAGAAAUGUUUCAUCACAAAAAAGGUCAUACAUAGUUUACAGCUAAUCCUUUGCGAACAGCCUCGUUUCCAUUCUUUCCCUUCACGUUGAAAAACAAAAUGGCGUCGACGCUGCUAACGAUAAAUCUCAAAGAAAUGAGUGUGUACGAUGCAUCGAACAGAAGACUGGCAAUUUUGGAAGACUGACGUCAACUGAGGUCCCAAAUUUUCCCGCAGUUUCUGUGGUAGGGACACUUGGAAUGAAUGAGCUACAACCAGGAAAUAUAGAGGAAUCGCACCUGCACAGAGGCUGGAUAUGUUAUCGGUUAAAUCCUAAAUUUAAAGAAUCAUGUAUUUUUUUGGACCAGAAGUUGAGCUUCUAAUGAAA